GAGCAAUCCUCCAAAUCAACCCCUUCCAUUGCGGCGGCAAACAAAUAAUAAUAUAUCCGUUACCCGCAAGUCGCGCCGCAUACGAUGGCUUCAUCUAAUGGUCCGAUGAAUUCCCCCUUUGAACAGGUUCCGAAGGUUGUCAAUAAGAAGAAUUACUACACUGACUUCUUGAAGCGCGAUGAGCAAUUCCUCGCAUUCCGCCUACAAGGCGAAGAGAACCGCAAUCGCAUGAUCAAAGCCGCGCGUGAUAAGGACCGUGCAAUGGCUCAGGCGGCUUCAAAUGGUGUCUCUGCUGACGCGGCUCAAGCUGAGUUGGACGAGGAUGCUGCUGUCGAUGAAGCCGCUGAAGCUGAAGCCUUUGGCUCCAAGACGAUUGUCAUCCACCCUGGCAGUCGCAAUCUUCGCAUUGGCCUUGCGACAGACGCCUUGCCCAAGACUAUCCCUAUGGUCAUCGCACGCAAGUCAUCGCAUGCAGAAGACGAGGAGCCUGGUGCCGAGCCCAGACCGAAAAGAGUUAAACUUCAAGAUGGCAGUGCAGCAGAGCCUUCAGGUGAGAGCGCAUUUGGUGACGAAUUCGCAAAGGAGUACAUGAACAUGGCUGCCGACUUCAAAAUCUACCGACGCAACAACAAGCGUCGUGUCUUGCCCAACUCGCGCGAAUUGGUUGUUAACUGGAACUCACGCAAUGCCCCAGAAACAAUUUCUGAGCACAACGAUCCCCAGCGUGUGGACUGGACAGAGAUUGAAUCACCGGCACCGGAGUAUCUUACUGGACAUGCGGCAAUGAGAAUACCACAACACUCCAAACCGCGCUACCGCCUUUACUGGCCUCUCAGAUAUGGUUGGCUCAACGAGCAGGACUACUCCAGCAAGUCUGUACUACUACGUGACUUCUUCCGCAUCAUCGAAGAAGCCAUUAAGAACGAGCUCCACCUGGAUCGCAAGCGAGACUGGGCUCAGUACUCAUGCGUGUUUGUGAUUCCGGACUUGUAUGAGAAGGUGUUCGUGACCUCUAUCUUGGAGGACUUGUUUAGAGAUUUUGGCUUCCAACGGGUCUGCUUCAUUCAAGAAAGUCUGGCAGCGACUUUUGGAGCCGGAUACUCAAGCAGUUGUAUUGUCGAUGUAGGUGCGCAAAAGACAUCUAUCUGCUGUGUUGAAGAAGGCAUGUGUGUCGAAAACUCGCGGAUCAACCUCAAGUUUGGUGGAGAAGACGUCACAGAGACUUUCAUCAAGAUGAUGCUUUUCGACCAUUUUAACUACGCUAACAUGGACCUUCUAAAGAGACAUGAUUAUUUGCUUGCAGAGGAGCUCAAGCAGAAGUUCUGCACGCUCGAAGAUGCACAUAUCAGUGUCCAGCUUUACGAGUUUCAUCUGCGCGCUUUCGGUCAGGAUACUCGCAAAUACCAGUUCAAGACGUAUGACGAAGUGAUGCUGGCACCGAUGGGCUUCUUCCGACCAACAAUCUUUGAUAAUGCCGACAAACUUCUAGGCAGGCGCAAGCUUAUUGGACGAUCCACUGACACAUAUGAUGACAAACCCAACGAUCCCAUGUCGCUCGCUCAACUACAGGUCUACAAAUACUCAUCCGUCAAUGUGCCCUCGGGGGUAGCAGAUUCGACGUCGACACCUGCACCUGGUGGAGUACCUGCAACACCUAGCAAGCCACUGAACCUUGACCGCUUGGCGCACCUCGCCGAGGUGGCUGAUAGCACGCCACGCUCUUCUCCGGCAGGUUCGCCUGCUCCUGAGGACACUGCAACACCAGCACCUGGAGCUGGAGACGCUACCCCGGCUGUGGCAGGUGCUGCCAUCGAAGGUGCUCAGCCCGAGACCGAAGGUGUUCUGCCUCUUAUGCCACUGGAUCAGGCAAUUGUUGCUUGUAUCACUGAAGGCGCCAAAGGAGACGAAAAGAAGACGCGCGACUUUUUCGGUGGUAUCAUGGUUAUCGGUGGUGGCAGCAAAACUUACAACUUCAAUGUCUACCUUGAGCAGAGACUUCGCGCAUUACAGCCGAACUUCCAAAAGGAGAUUCUUGUUGGACCUCCUCCCAGAGAGUUGGAUCCUCAAGUUUUGGUCUGGAAGGGUGGUAGUGUGUUUGGCAAGAUGAGAGGCACAAACGACAGCUGGAUCGGACAAUUGGAGUUCGACAGACUCGGUGCUAGAAUUCUGAACCAGAAGUGUAUGUGGGCAUACUAGUGGACGUCAAAUGAUUCAGUCAUGGAGACAUUCGAUUAGACCUCAAAGAAGACACAAUUUUUUACUCAGUUCUUCGAUACCACAAUCGAGCAUCCGCAGCUACCUCCACAAGGGGUCUUGAAUGGGGCAAAAAUAGGUGCGGCUAUGUAUGGUGCCCGGCAUCCUUGAAAAUACAGCUGUGCAAAUUCAGCAUGGUUUCAGAGAUAGCGACACAUCCAGAUCGACGUAUAUCCUGGUCCCGCUAGUACCUUCAUUAAUACACGUAUCUGAUCGC